AUGGCCGCUCUAAAACAUUGUCAUUUGUAUGACUUGCCAGAUGUAAUUCUCUCCAUCAUAUUCUCCCUAGUUAUCGACACUCGUACACGUAAUGCCAUGUCCCUUGUGUCCCUCAAAUGGUACCUGCUAGAGCGCUCCACCCGCACUUCCCUCACUCUCCGCGGGAACAUCCGCGACCUAAUCUUCCUCCCCACUUGUUUUCAAGCUGUCACCAAUCUUGACCUCUCUUUCCUCUCCCCUUGGGGCCAUCCUCUCUUAGACGAGUCCUUCCCGAAUCCAACACUUCUUGCUCAGCUUUUUGGCCAGGCCUUCCCUUCCCUGGUUUCUUUUACUGCAUACGCACGAUACCCUAUAACUCUCAAUCAUCUUGCUCCUCAAUGGCCUAAUCUACGCCAUGUUAAGCUCAUCCGCUGGCAUCAGCGUUUGCCUACUGCUCCUCUUGGCUCCGAUUUCCUCCCACUGCUUGAGCAUUGUCGUUCACUUUCUUCCCUUGAUCUCUCCCAUUUCUAUUGCUGGACAGAAGAUCUCCCUCCAGCACUUAAAGCCUACCCUAAUACUGCAGCUUCCCUCUCCUAUCUCAGUAUUCUUACCCAUUCUUCUACCGAGGGCUACAAAGCUCAUGAACUUCUUGCCAUUACAGCUGCCUGCCCAAAUCUCCGCCAGUUUCUGGCAACAUGUAUAUUUGACCACAGAUUCAUUGGUUCUACUCGGGAUGAAACUUUGCUAUCUCUUGCUUCAAAUUGUCCUCGCCUCUCUCUUCUUCACCUUGUAGAUAUUACUUCCUUUUCAAAUGCCUGGGCGGUCAACCCUGAUGAUGAGGGUUACACCUAUCACGAUGAUAUAGUCAGCCAUGCGACGCUUGUGGACCUUUGUGCUGGAUUGCCAUUGCUUGAAGACUUGGUUCUUGAUGUUUGUCACAAUGUUAAAGAUACCAGGCCAGCAUUGAAGUUGCUUAAUUCCAAGUGCCCGCGGCUUAAGUCUUUGACUCUGGGACAGUUCCAUGGGGUUUGCAGGGGAAUGUUUUCACGGCCAGAUGUGAUUCCACUAUGCUCGGGGUUGGAGUCCCUUUCAAUCAAGAACGUCGCGGAUUUAACUGAUCCUUGCUUGAUAGCUAUCUCACAUGGCUGCCCGAGACUCGCGCAGUUCGAGGUUACGGGUUGCAAAAUGAUCACAGAAACGGGGAUCAGAAAUUUGGCUUCUAACCUUCGGAGAACUUUAAUUGAUGUGAAGAUCUCUUGCUGUAAGCAUCUCGAUGCUGUGUGCACAUUACGUGCACUAGAUCCAAUUCGAGGCCUUAUACAGCGAUUGCACAUAGACUGUGUUUGGGAAAGCGUUCAGCGAUUAGAACAGGAGCAGCCUAGCGCUCUAGAGCGAGUAGCCAUGUGGAAAGAUACAAGCAGCUUCGAUAAGGAAUGCAAGAACCACUCAAGUUUGAACUUAUAUCACAUUCUUAGCCACGGAAGUGGCAGUGGUAAUAGUAUUGGUGAUAUAUUCCCUGCCAGGACUUGGGCAAAGUUGCAAUCUCUUUCCCUUUGGAUUUCUGUUGGGGAGAUGCUGACUCCAUUGACUUUGGUGGGGUUGGAGGAUUGCCCGAUGCUCGAAGAAAUACAAAUUCGAAUUGAAGGUGACUGCAGGCAGCAGAUAAGGCCUUCCAUGCACGCCUUUGGACUGAGCUCCCUUGAGUGUUAUCCUCGGCUUUCAAAGAUGAAUCUGGAUUGUGGAGGCGCUGUUGGGUAUGCUCUUACUGCCCCUGCUGGGUAUCCAGAUUUGAAUAUGUGGGAGCGCUUUUAUCUUAGUGGGAUUGGGAGCUUGAAGCUCACUGAGCUUAAUUAUUGGCCCCUACAGGACACAGAGUUAAAUAAGAGAACCCUCUCUCUUCCAGGAGCGGGAUUGCUUGCACAAUGUCCGACACUGAGAAAGCUUUUUAUCCAUGGGACAGCCGCUGAACACUUGAUGAUGUUCCUUCUAAAAGUACCAACUCUCAGGGAUGUACAGCUGAGAGAAGAUUACUAUCCUGCUCCAGAAAACUAUACAAGCACGGAGAUGCGAGUGCGCUGGUGCUGUCGAUUUGAGGAUGCCCUCAACAGGCGUCAGAUCCCUGACUGAAUAUUGGGAUUCUAUGCUUCCCGAAAACAACACAUGGAACCUGCAACUAUGGCUUGCUCCCCUUGCAUAUAUGGUGAAGCGUAUGGGCUGCAACCUGGAAGCUGACUUAAAAC